CACAGAAGAGACAAGAAAAAAUAAGAGAUGAUGCUAUUAACGCCGAGGUAGGCAAUCUGGCUGAGGCUCAAGCCUAUUUGGCUUUUCCAAGACUAGUAGCCGAAUUAGAUGCUAAUCAAGACUUAGAAGUCGAGGAAAAAACCAAAAAAGAACAUAAAGAACAAUUAAAAGUUCAACCUACGAGAAAAAGAUGCUUCAACUUACUUCUCCGCAAGAAUUAG